AUGUCUGGUGUUUUAUUGAGGUCAGGUUUAAGGAGCGUGCUGAAGACACGUAUGGGACUCACUACGAUAGUACGUGAUAUGUUAACGAGAUCAUACAGUUUAAAUGCGUUUAAUACAAUGAACAGAGUUAUGAUAAGAUCUCCGUUGACUUUGGUAGUUGCUACUCGUGGAUUUAAAGUGAAAUCAUCAUUGAAAAAAUUUUGCAAAGAUUGUUACAUUGUAAGACGUAAAGGAAGGGUAUAUGUGUAUUGUAAAUCGAAUCAUAAGCAUAAACAACGUUCAGGUUAG